GCUUCGCCGGGGCCGGGCGGCCGGCGCGCCGGGCUGCUCCCGCCGCCGCCCGGACCCGCGCCCCGCCGGGGCAGCGGUGGUGGGAGCCCCGACUACCCGGACGCCGCCCGCCGCGCCACGGGGUUCCCGGCCCCGGCGCUGCUCUGCGUGCUGUGCUGCGGCCUCCUGGCCCCGGCCGCCCGCGCCGGCUACUCCGAGGAGCGCUGCAGCUGGAGGGGCAGCGGCCUCACCCAGGAGCCCGGCAGCGUGGGGCAGCUGGCCCUGGCCUGUGCGGAGGGCGCGGUCGAGUGGCUGUACCCGGCUGGGGCGCUGCGCCUGACCCUGAGCGGCCCCGACCCCAGCGCGCGGCCCAGCAUCGCCUGUCUGCGGCCGGUACGACCCUUCGCGGGCGCCCAGGUCUUCGCGGAGCGCGCAGGGGGCGCCCUGGAGCUGCUGCUGGCCGAAGGCUCGGGCCCGGCAGGGGGCCGCUGCGUGCGCUGGGGUCCCCGCGAGCGCCGGGCCCUCUUCCUGCAGGCCACGCCACACCGGGACAUCAGCCGCCGCGUGGCCGCCUUCCGCUUUGAGCUGCGCGAGGACGGGCGCCCCGAGCUGCCCCCGCAGGCCCAGAGUCUCGGCGUAGACGGUGCCUGCAGGCCCUGCAGCGAUGCUGAGCUGCUCCUGGCUGCAUGCACCAGCGACUUCGUAAUUCACGGGAUCAUCCAUGGGGUUACCCAUGACGUGGAUCUGCAGGAGUCUGUCAUCACCGUGAUGGCUGCCCGUGUCCUCCGCCAGACGCCUACGCUGUUCUGGAGGCGGGGAUCCGGGGAGCAGGGGCUGACCUCCAUUCGUACCCCACUGCGCUGUGGCGUCCGCCCAGGUCCAGGCACCUUCCUCUUCAUGGGCUGGAGCCGCUUCGGGGAGGCCUGGCUGGGCUGUGCCCCACGAUUACAGGAGUUCCGCCGUGCCUACAAGGCUGCCCGCGCUGCCCACCUCCACCCCUGUGAGGUGGCGCUGCACUGAGGGGCCAGAUGCUGGGGAGGGGCUGGUAGGAGGGAGGGUAGGGGGCCCACUGCUUUGGAGGUGAUGGGGACUAUCAAUAAGAACUUUGUUCAUACAAGCUGCUAGGGACCUGGUCUGCUGUGUCCGGCCCAGCCUUGGGCCUGCCUUGCAGCUGUGAGGACGGCUCCAAUUCCUGCCUCCGGCGGCAGACUGACACUCAGGGGAAUGGUAUCUUGUUCAAGACCAUUUGGUAACUGAGAGGGAGAGCAAAUGUGAGGAGGAGCUACACCCACAUUCUGGGGAGGGGCUGCCGCUGGGUGGGGGCACAUGGUGACCUGCACUCAUGCAAGCUUCUGCUCUACUGCACCCACCAGCCCCGUCCUCGCCCGCUACCCUGGCUGCUCUGCUGCACCCACCAGCCCCGUCCUUGCCCGUGCCCUUGCCCGCUACCCUGGCUGGCUCCCACUUGCCUCCCGUGCCAGGUGCUUCUGGGGCUCAGCAGGAGAAGAAAGGGGCAGAGGAGCAUAGGGUCCCUCGGGUACGGUGGGGGCAGGCGGGCACACAGUGCUCCGGCUCUGAGCCAGGCCUGUGAGGGAGGGGGCUGCAGUCUGGCAGGGUGCCGACUUCCCCCGUGGCCGCUGUCAGCCCGCAGAGUCAUCCUUGGCCCCGUCCCGCCCUUGGGGAAGAAUGGGCCCCUCUGUCCGCAGGCCCCUUCGACGUGCUGAGCAUCCAGACGUGGCGAGGAGCCCGAAGGCUGUGGGGUCCCCUCUGCAGGGUCCUGCUUGUUGCCUGUUUCCGGCAGGCAGGGUGCACAAUGGGGUCUCUAAGGACCGUUUCCCGCCACUGGCCCCAUUGUCACUGUCUCCGCCUUCCUGCUCAGCCUUUCAGCCACAUAAAGGGCCAGUGAGGUUUGGGACAGCCACAGCCCAAGGUCCCGAGGCUAAAAGCUGCUGGGUGGGGGUGUUCCAGGCCCCCUGGUCCUGCGCGAGCUGCCUCCUCUCACCCCAACCCCUCGGAUCCUGGGAAAGAGACCAUCACAGCUCAGGGGCCAGGGGAGCCCUGGGCUGAGGCCCGGAAGUGGCUUUCUGUUCUCACCUGGGCCAGGGGUGGGGGUGGAGGCCAGAGGCCCUGCCCAGGCAGACGAAGCCCCAAGCUUUCAAGGGGGAAACUAAGACUGUGUGAGGGACACGGCUGUGCAGAGCCCACAAACACAGUCCUUUUUCCAGGUGGGCGGAUAUAGAUGCCUGAUGAGUGCUAUGCUCUCUGUGGACACCUGGGGGGUCACCUCCAGCGCCAUCUUGGGACUUCCAUGGGGCAGGCUGUCUGAAAGUUGCACGUGCAAGUUACCUUUUCACACAGAUCGCCUGCCUGCCACAGGGCUGACGAGGAUGGGCCUCAUGCACUGCGGGGAGUCCUCCCACCUUCUGCCCCUCCUCAGGUUCCUUGCUGCUUCUCUCCUCUCCCCAGAGUCCCAAAUGUGGCAUGCUGAGGGCUCACACACAGGACCGCUCCUCUGCGGCAGCCAGCCUCCAAUAACCCCUGGACAACCUCCACUUUUUCAUCUCCAGCCCUGACCACUUCCUGGGACCCACAGCCUUACAUCCACCUGCCCCAGGCCCAAACACCCACAAAGAGUAGAGGAGGAGGUAGCCCACGUGCCCUCCCGCACCACCUCCUCCACUCCUGUCUUGGGGAAGCUUUCCCAUGGGCCGACCAACCCCCUCACCUUUGGCACCUGCCCUGCUUCUCUGGCCAGCUUUCUACAGCCUCUCCUCUUCGGCCACACCCAAGUCCACCUGUUCACAAACACCCUGGGCUGGGCCCUGGCCGUACCCUGGUCUCUACCCACCUAUCCCAGGAAGUGCCUGAGCCCUGCACCUAUAGACCCUCCCAGAGAAAGCCCUGGCUCUGCAACCACCCAUCUUCUCAAGAGACACAGGCGGACUCAGGGCCACAGGAGCGCCAUGGUGCUCGAGUGGGUCUUGGAGCACUAGGCCAGGGGCUUCAUGCCUGCCCUGGGGAUGGGUGGCCAAAGUGGCAUGGGAGAUAGGGAGUUGGUGUGGGUGAGCACAUGGGCAGGAGCUACAGGAGCCUGGGGCCUGUGGAUCACAGACACCUCCAGGCAAGUGCCAGUUCACACAGGCACAGGUGGCUGGGGGGUGCCCAAAGACGAAGAAGCAGAGUGCCUGGUGUGGACGUGAGAGGAGUGGGAAGGCUGGGCGCGGGGGCUCACGCCUGCAAUCCCAGCACUUUGGGAGGCUGAGGCGGGCGGACCGUGAGGUCAGGAGUUGGAGACUAUCCUGGCCAACAUGGUGAAACCCAGUCUCUAAUAAAACACAAAAAAUUGGCC